AUGUCGGCUAGCUUUCCUGUCCCGGCUCCUGGUCCCUUCAAUGCGCAGUCACCGGUCUUUCCUCAAGGUUUUGCCUUUCCAGCCGAUGCUUACCAACAGGGAUUCAAUACACCUUCCAAUCCUUAUCCAUCUUCCAAUGGUGCUAUUCCUACGAAUCCAAUGUUUGACGCAAAACAAAUGAACGGGUAUGGAUAUGUUGGAGGACCAGGACCGAUGGGUGGAGCUCCCCUCAUGUCUCCCACGGCCAACGUUCCACCUCCGUUUGGUACACAUCCGAUGCGACAGUUUCAUCAGCCGGGCAUGCCGAAACCGGGUGUUUAUCCGUCAAAUGCAAUGAGGCCUCCGUCCAACGGUAGUGGCCAUCCGAAAUCCGAUUCAUCACCGGCCAGUAUGCAACAGCCAUCGAGUGAUCAGAUGAGAAAUCCAGCGCUCCAAAUGUACUAUAAACGUCGGAAAACGUUACUGGUGCUGCCGUAUCCUGCCGGACCAAAUCUUCCUAAUAUCGCUCCAAUGGAACCGGCAACGUUUGCGUUUUUGCCGCAUACGAAACAUUACGAUGUAGCAUAUGAUCGACGAUAUCCGACGAUGAAUCCGAUGUCGCAAGGGCAACCACAGAUGCAGAAUCGGCAGCCAGCGCCAAGCCCACAAAUGAUGUCACCAGCAUUUACACAGCCACAACCACCAACUAAGAGCAAGGCACCACCGACCAAGAAAGCUCGAAGUGGCUGUAUGACAGGACCACCACGCCAUAUGCAACCGAUGCCACCCGAUAUGUCGCACUAUGGUGGCGUACCGACGUCACAAAUGGGCAUGAAUCCGGCUGGCAUGCCAUACUACCCUGGUAUGUCACCAAACACCGUGCCAACAAGUUCCUCAGCAUCAGCCGGUGGCGGACCUUCCAUGGGUAUGCCAAACGGGAUGUAUCCCAUGGGCAACGUGCCCCACAGUGCAGCAGCGUCAAUGAAUAUGGCCAGGUUGCAGGAUAUGUCUCAACAAGUCAAUGAUAAUAGAUCACAACAAGUUCCUGUGUCUGGUGUAUAUCAGAAUAUGUCCAAUGGACAGAUGUCAUCUGGUGAUCAGCAAUCGCUCAGCAGCCCUAGAAAUCAGAUGACUCAAAAUCCAUAUCAACAAUCAGGAAACCAAUUCGACAUAUCUCCUCAAUGUCCCAAGUGCCUGUGUCUUGUUUCGCCUACCAAUCGCUCCGUACAAUGCAACGGCCCGUGCAUGCGCUUGUUUCAUCAGAACUGUACUGGUCUGCUUCCACGAGCGUUCGCAUUACUGGAAGAAGAUCCGAGUGCAAAGUGGGUAUGUGGCGCAUGUGAAUCAUCGGUUCUGUGA